AUGUUACCCAUCAAGUCGAAGCGAGUACACCUGUCGCCCCAAAUCAUAGCACUUCGCUACGCAGUCACUCGACCACACAACCAGAGCCGACUACUAUCCACGAAUACUAAAAAGAACCAUGCCAAAGUCAAUUCGGCUGGCUUAAAACCUGAAGAUGCCGUCCUGUUGACGCGUGGCAAGUCCGAUCGCAAGGAAUGGCCAUUGGUAACUCAAGAAGCCACCAACAACCUCGCGUCCUACGCUCUGACAACCUUGGAUACGAUCGCAAAUUGGGCACGCGAAAGUUCUCUGUGGCCCAUGACAUUCGGCCUAGCCUGUUGCGCCAUCGAGAUGAUGCAUCUGUCGGCACCACGCUACGACCAGGACCGACUCGGUACAUUCUUCCGAGCAUCACCGCGACAAUCGGACGUGAUGAUAGUCGCCGGUACACUUACUAAUAAGAUGGCACCAGCCCUCCGACAGGUGUACGACCAGAUGCCCGAGCCACGCUGGGUUAUCAGCAUGGGUAGCUGCGCUAAUGGGGGAGGAUAUUACCACUAUAGCUACAGCGUCGUGCGUGGCUGUGACCGCAUUGUUCCCGUCGAUAUAUAUGUACCAGGCUGCCCGCCCACGGCUGAGGCUUUGAUGUACGGUAUGCUUCAGCUGAAGCGAAAGAUUCGGAGCACAAGGACGUCGCGCAUGUGGUAUCGGAAGUAA